UCCAAACCUACAUGAGCCUGUGUGGAAAUGGUUGCCUCCCUAAACCUAAUAACUAGUUGGGCCACCCUUAGCAGCAACAACUGCAAUCAAGCGUUUGUGAUAACUUUCAGUGAGUCUCUUCCAGUGCUUUGGAGGAAUUUUGGUUCACUCAUCUUUGCAGAAUUGUUGUCAUUCAGUCACAUUGGAUGGAUUUCCCAGCAUGAAGCCCCCUUUUUAAGGUCAUGCCACAGAAUCUCAAUAGGAUUCAGGUCAGAACUAGGCCACUCCAAAGUCUUGAUUCAGAUGUUCUUCAGCCAAUCAGAGAUGGACUUACUUGGUGUGUUUCGGAUCAUUGUCCUCCAGGAUUUUUUUGGUAGAAAGCAGAAUUCAUGGUUCCAUUUAUCACAGCGUGUCUUCCAGGUCCUGAAGCAGCUAAAACAGCCCAGACCAUCACACUACCACCACCAUAUUUUACUAUGAUGUUCUUUUUCUGAAAUGUGGUGUUACUUUUACACCACACACCUACCAAAACUCAAAUUCAAUUUCAAAUUCAAAUUCAAACAAGCCUUAAUGAUUUUCAUAUUGGAACUCAGCCAUUUUUGAACACUUACCUUAAUUGAGCAAAGUGAGGACAGCAGUUAUUUGGAUGUUGUGGGGUCUUGUUUGAACUCUUGGAUGACUUCUUGCUGCUGGGGUCAUUUCAGUUGGCUGGCCACUCCUGGGAAGGUUCACCACUGUUCCAUUUUUUUUUGCUAUUUGUGGAUAAUGGCUCUCACUGUGGUUUGCUGGAGUCCCAAAUCUUUAGAAAUGACUUUAUAAACUUUUCCAAACUGGGAGCAAUCACUUUUUCUCACACAGGACCAUGUAGGUUUGUAUUUAAACAAAUGUUGUGUUGUCAUUGACCAAUAUUUAAAUUUGAUGACACAUUUGCUGAAACAUUUGUACAACAAAUGUGGGGGAAAAAAAGACUUUUGUCACCACUGUACACAAAAAACACAGUCAUAAAUUUUACCUAUAUUAUGAUGGCAGCCUUUUUAUGUAUGGUAUUCACACAAUCAUCAUCGCACAACCGUGAAACCAUGUGUGCGUGUGUGUGUGUGUGUGUGUAUGUGUGUGUCCUCCUGUUUUUGCUCUCCACACCUUGAAGUUGUUUUUUUAAUGUUACAUUUCCCCCCAAAAGCAGAUGAUAAUACUCAGGCCUCUUGCUUUUGUUAGCAUCCAUCCAUCCAUUUUCUAUGCCGCUUAUCCUCACUAGGGUCGCAGGGUUAUGCUGGAGUCUAUCCCAGCGGACUUAGAGCGAGAGCCGGGGUACACCCUGGUCUGGUCGCCCAGCCAAUCGCAGCUUUUGGAAGCAAAUGUGCUAAAUAAUUUUUUUGUUACUGGGAAAAAAAUGUCAAUCAAAUAAAUAGCGGCACUUAACUAAAACAGUUUGACGAAAUUUGCACCAAUAUUGAAAGGUUCCCUUUUUGGGAAAGGAACCCUACACCUUACAUUACGUUUGGUGGACCUUGUUUUUAGUCAUUUAGUCAACUCAUCAAACAAUCGGUGCUGAAAAUGUUAGAAAUUGAGUUCAUAUUUUAGUCUCCACUCCUACCAAGACAAACUUUACUCAAUUGGACAGUAGGAAUCAAGUGUGAAUUGCAGUGUGUGUGUGUGUGUGUGUGAGACAUAGUGGUGAUGUCAUUAACAGUAUUUCACCAACUUGCGGCUUGACUGAACUGUCUGCUGUGCCACUGACCCACUGCAGGGAUGAAGGCAGCGUGAGCAGCUUACUCUCUCUCUCUCUCUCUCUCUCUCUCUGUGUGUGUGUGUGUGUGUGCGUGUGAUUUAAUACAGCUCUGGCCAGGGCUCUUUCAUUAGGUGGAGGGCUUGUCUUGUAGCGUAAUGAACUGUCCCUCCCUCGCGGUGCGGUCCAGAUGGUCUCGGACCGACAGUGUCCAUCAGGAGACCGCCACAUUGUAAUCAGGUCCUCGAGAAAUAAGUCCAAUGAGUUCUCACACGGCUGUGACGUGAUCCAAUUAUCUAACAGUAGACCACAAUCUGAAAUACACAAAUCACUUUAUUGGGCUCGGUAUAUGCUUUUCUUUUUUUGGUCUGUCUAUCGAAAAAGAGAUCAUACAUGGCCUGAAAGAAAAGGAAAUACUUUGUAAUUACUCUUUUAAAGAAAUAGAAGUAGUCAUGAAAUAUAAAUUUAAAAAAGAAUAGUGAAUAAUAAUACAUGAUACAAAGUAUGAAAAUAAAAAAUGUGAAAUUAAUUAAAUUUGGAAUGAAAUAACAUUGACAAAAAGGUUCAGAAAUAGAAGAAAAUUAAAAAUACUAAAAAUAUAUCAAAAAACAAAAAUUUGUAUAAAAAAAGAUAAAGAAAAUUAAAAAUAUUAAAAAUAAUAUAUCAAAAACAAAAAUUUGUAUAAAAAGGCUAAAGAAAAUUAAAAAUACUAAAAAUAGUAUAUAAAAAACAAAAAUUUGUAUAAAAAAGCUAAUAAAUUACUGUAACUUUAUAUUAAAAAAAUGAAUGAAAUAAAAUGGGAAAAGGUACUGGCUGGCAAAGUAGUCUAUACAAAAAAAAUGUAAGUAAAUAUAAAUAAAAUGGGAUAAAAACAAGGUGCAGAAAAUCUAAUCAAAUAGAAGAUAAAAUGGGUUUGAAAUUGUAUAAAAUCCUCAAAAUACAUAUGCAGUAUGAUACAUUUCUGGCCUGAUAUAUCAUUUAUUAGUCUUUCAUUACAAUACUGCUUUAUUACUAACCCACUCAUUGUAUGUUAGUGAGCUUUACUGUAUAUGCUAUAUUAUUCCAUAUGAUGUGUUGCAUGAUACAGUACAUAUAAGGUGCUGUGCUGGGUGGGUGUGUGUGCGCGCGCACGCGUGUGGAACAUCCACUGUGAGGAUUCCACAAUGGACUGGCAGAGAGGGCCUGUAAUCCAGAGUUGAUAAUCCGAGGGGAUUAGUGGGUUUGCAGCUGGCAUGGCAUCAGCAGGCGCUCCGCUCAGUGGGGACCCCUCCCCCAUGGCUUGAACCCAGUCAGACAUCCAGCUAGGGAGUUUGGGGAUUGGACAUUGAACAUUUUUAUUAUUUUUUGUUUGUUUUUGUGCAUCCAAUGUCACUUGCAAAUGUGUUCUUUUUUUUUAGUUGUGAUAGACUAAGAAUUGAACAUUAUGUUUCAUAUUGUGCAUGUUGGUCGCCCUUAACCCUUAGAUGCAUAAGUGGGUCAAAAAUGACCCGGUCAGGUUUUUUUCUUGAAAUAUCUUCGUAAUAAAUUUUUUUUAUCAUUUCAUAUUCCAGGUAUUCCUCAAAAAACAUAUUUUUGAUAUCAUGCCAUUCACAUUUUUAACUUAUCUUUUAUAAAUUUUAAGAAAAUUUUGUUUUUGUGUUACUACCCCAACCUUCCAUAAGUGGGUCAAAAAUGACCCGGUCAGGUUGUUUUCUUCAAAUAUCUUCAUAAUGAAAAAAAUUAAUAAUUUCAUAUUCCAGGUAUUUGUCAAAAAACAUAUUUAUGAUAUCAUACCAUUCACAUUUUUAACUUACCUUUUAUACAUUUUAAGACAUUUUUGUUUUUGUGUCACUACCCCAACCUUCCAUAAGUGGGUCAAAAAUGACCCGGUCAGGUUGUUUUCUUGAAAUAUCUUUGUAAUGAAAAAUUAUCAUUUCAUAUUCCAGGUACUCGUCAAAAAACAUAUUUAUGAUAUCAUACCGUUCACAUUUUUAACUUACCUUUUAUGCAUUUUAAUAAAUUUUUGUUUUUGUGUUACUACCCCAACCUUCCAUAAGUGGGUCAAAAAUGACCCGGUCAGGUUGUUUUCUUGAAAUAUCUUCGUAAUGAAAAAUUGUUAUCAUUUCAUAUUCCAGGUAUUCCUCAAAAAUCAUAUUUUUGAUAUCAUGCCAUUCACAUUUUUUUACCUUUAUGCAACACACAAUGCAUUUUCACAUUUUCUAUUGUUGUACGGGGUCAUUUUCUUUUUCAAAGAUGGAAAAAAGUGAAAAAUGAAGAUGUUUCUAACAUGAAAUCAUUCUUGUGUGGUCCUAAAUAUAAUACUAAAUAUCAUACAAGUGAUUAUUCCUAACCAAAAUGGCAAAAUUGACAUAAAAAUACAUUGAUUCUAGUAUGGGUCAUUUUUGACCCACUUAUGGAAGAGUGUAGGGUCCAGUCACUCGUGCAUCAAAGGGUUAAAUGCAUUGGACUGCAUGAUGAUUUCUACAUAUACGACCCCAAAUCCUCAAAUCGGUGAGGUGAUGCAGUUUAAGAAUGUAAUAUGUUCCAUGCAACAUAAAGAUAGUGUACAAAGUUACUGUUAUUGUGCAAUGGAUCUUUAGCUUGCAGUUGUAAUCCCUGCAUAUUUGAACAUUAUUACAUGAACCGUCAAAGUAAUCAAUUAGCAUAUAAUCAACAGAUUAAUCCGGUGGAAACAAUUGUUUGUGGCAGGCCUGAUCCACCCGCUGCAGUGUCUUUCUUGCCGCAUCCUGGAGGGACCCUGCCUGUUUUUAAUCCCGCCUGAUGUGGGAGCAGUGAUGAACAUGCACUAAUACUCGCUUAUCUUUCACUGUAAACAAUUACUUUUUGGGAUCCCAUUGGAAUAAACGCCAUGAAGAUUAUCCCCUAAAGUCUUUGUUGUGGCCCUGAUUUGUGUUAACCUCAACCUGGGCGGGAUGGAUACUCGCAAGACGACAAGAUUCUACUUCCAGGCAACACGGGAUGAGUUUUUGGAUGUUUUGCAGAUGCCCGUGGCUGGCCGUGACCAUCUGCCCUGCCGUGCCGCCAUGCUGUGCCGUCCUUUUCCUUUUCGUACUGGCCAACUUCACCAUGGCAACAUUCAUGGACGCUGGCGUUCUCCCCAUGGGUUAGUGAUGUUAAUCCCAACUGUCUUUUUUUUUCUGCUAGUCACAUGUUAUCCUACGUGUCUUAUCUCAGCAAAUGAGGAUGAGGACAAGGACGAUGAAUUCCGGGCUCCCCUUUACAAGAACGUGGACGUGAGGGGCAUCCAAGUGCGCAUGAAGUGGUGCGCUUCCUGUCACUUCUACAGACCGCCACGCUGCUCACACUGCAGCGUGUGUGAUCGCUGUGUGGAGGACUUUGACCAUCACUGCCCUUGGGUCAACAACUGCAUCGGGAGGAGGAACUACCGCUACUUCUUCCUCUUCCUUUUGUCCCUCACCGGUCACAUGGUCUGCGUCUUCAGCUUCGGCCUCAUGUACAUCCUGCACCACAUGGACGACCUGUGGAAGCUGCACUGCACCGUCACGUAUCCUUCCAGUCCAUACUGUUGUUCUAUCUACUCUUGUUCAUCAUGGAGCGCUUUUCCUUCACGGUCUUUUCACAGCUUGGUGGUCAUCAGUAUAUCGGGUCUCUUUCUCCUCCCGGUUCUGGGUCUGACUGGAUUUCAUCUCUUCCUCGUGUCCAGGGGACGCACCACCAAUGAACAAGUAACCGGAAAGUUUCAUGGAGGAGUGAAUCCGUUUACACGCGGUUGUUGCAACAAUCUGGAGUACCUCGUCUGCAGUCCCACCUCACCAAGCUACACAGCCAGGCCUCGUAAGAAGUCCGUGAUCCACAUCCAGCCUCCCUUCCUGAGACCUGAGAUUGACAGGCAGACGUUGGUCAAAGUCACAGACAACGGCAAGCACAGCCAGGACCUUCAAAAUAAACGUUCCUCCGCUGGAGUUGUGGUGGAGCAGUCGGAUACAAAACAGCAGAAAAGUCCGCCUCCGCUGCCACCAAAACCUGAACACGGGCUGCUGAAAAGCCACCUGGCAUCCAUGGAAGAGACGGGACAUCACACCAAGUCCAUCAUUCCCGUGUCCAUUCCCACUGUCCCACAGCUGAGACCGGUUCUGGAGGCCAUAUCCAGAGGAUCCUCACCCAUUCCUCCAGAGCAGCUGCUGAAGCCCUCAGAGCAACAAGGGGACAGCAAAAGUCCAGACCUGAAUGGAAGCCCUGUGAGAGGCACGCUGCCCCCCCUCCAGGCCACCAGCACCAUCUCGGGCGCCGUGCAGUUCAGCUCUAUGACCCUCAACUCCCGUUCACUCAAACAUGGCACCGGCAGCGGUCGCCAUCACGGCUGCAAAUCCCAGUUGCCGUCCGCGCACGCCGAUCCCGGUCCCGCCACCCCGAGUCUGCUGGCCAGUCAUAGCAGUUACGAUAACCUCAUGGACCCCCAGUGUGGGGCCCAAAGAGCGGCUCCUACAGUCAGCUUCUUCAUGAGCUUGGGUCCUGAUGGCGGUGUGGUGCAGAGGCCCCCCGCUCUGGCCUACACACCUCAGGCAUACAGCCCCGUCUUCAUGGGGGUCACCCGACAAUCCCCUCAGCCCAGAGACACCUCCCCUUCUUUGCCGGGUCUCGCCCCCAGAGACCCGUCCCCAUCCUUCGCUGUAGGCUACAUCCAAAGAGAGCCCCCUUUCGUGGGGUCAGCUCUAGCAAUGCGAGACAUGAAGACCCACAGUUUGAGCUCCACGCCCCAGAAGUCCACCGCUGCCACCGUCACAUCACGGUAUGACACCUUUUCCAAAAGCCUCAUCUCGUCUAUCCAUGAGAGGCGUGAGAUGGAGGACAGGGAGCGGAUGCUGCGUCUGCAGGCCAGAUCCCAAGCCCUCUACGGCCCCGACGCGUCCAUCUACGACAUCCCCUGCAGGAGGAGCCUCCCGCCGGACAACGGCCGACCCCAAGGCGCCCGAGGGCCAACGCCUCCUGCUUACGGCUCCAGGGAGUUCCUCAUGAGCACGGGGAUCCUGGGUUACGGCCUGAGGACGUCGCCUCUCUCCAGCUCGUCCACGUCGUCUCUGAGCCGAGGUCCCAAUAAGACGUCUCCCCUGCAGAGCGGCAGUAGCUGCAGCUUGCAGGGUAAAGCGCGCUCAUCCUCGCCGGGCUACUGUCCUCCUGAACGACAAACGUCAACGUGCACUCUGCCUCGUUUACCUUCUUCUACCACCCCCUCCACCAUCGCUCCUCCGUAUGCUUCCUACGGCACCGCAAAGCGACCGUCACUCGCGGAGGGGAAAGACUCAGUCAGCGUGGGAGUCUUGAAGUAACAACUCCUGCUCUCAACCAAUCAUCUAUGCACAGGACUUAAAGAUAUUCAUAUUCUAACUUUCACUGUUUUUUUAUGUCUUUUCUUAUCGCUUUUGUGAACAAUACCAUACUUGUCUCCCAGUGAAUAAUAGUAUUUGCUGUUGGGUGUUUAUAUAUGAAUAAAAAUAUUUUAUAACGCUCACUUUUCUACUUUUUUUUUUGCAUAACUUAAAAAAAUCCCUUUAUGACACUUUAUGUUCACAGAACACUUGAUUAGGUACACCUGCAUCAUCCAGAUCCAAUACCUCAGAAGUGUUUUUACUUGUAUGAUGUCAUUGCAUUGUGCUGGUGUUCCUAAUGAAAUGGCAGGUAAGUGGUGCAUUUACAUAUCUUCAUAUAUGUGAUGGAUUAAAAAAAAUGUAUUUUUUUAGCUCAGAAUGAUGACUUUAAUAAAAUAAAAUGGCUACCACCAUUGUGGUAGCCAAACAUGUUAGGGCUGCUACGUUGUAUCUGUCUCCCUCUAGUGGGCAGUUGAAGGAAUUGUCCUACCAAGUGACAUUUCUGGUGUCAAUCAGAUAACGCUUUUUAAUUAAUACAUAUGCAGUGUUUUCUCAUAAUAGUUAAUUAUUUAAACGUUUACACAUGUGUUCUAUAAAAUUAAAAAAACAAAACAGAUUUUUUUCUAUUCAUACAGGUUUAUUCUUGUAAUAUUUUGAUAACAUGUCUAUAAAUAUUAGCACUUUGUCUUUUAAUAGUACAGUGUAAACAAUUUUGUGUGUGAAAUGAUGACUUUGGUGUUGUAGAAUCUAUAUCUAAAUGUACUGUUGAUGUUGAUUUUGUAUGUUAUUUUUAGUGGUCCCUGUUAUCCUUGAUAACUGGCGGGAGGACUGAUUGCGUUCAUCAAAUAGCAAGUAUACAGCAAACCUUGAUCUUGUUCUUUUGUGGUGCCCCUCGUUUAUUUAUAUUAUGUAAGUGCACUGUUUUGCAUUUUUAUCAGUUUCUUUUUUUUCUAUUGUGCAAGGUGGUGGUAAUUAUUAAUAACUGGCAGGGGGAGCGACCAUAUUGCCAUCAUGCGAUAAUUGUGACAAGCUUCUGCAUGAGCAAGUGCACUGUUUAGCAUUUUUGAGCUUCUGUUUAUUUCUAUUAUGCAAGGUGGUGGUUAUCAUUAAUAAAUGGCGGGAGGAGCAACCAUAUUACCAUCAUGCAGUAAUUAUGUGACAAGCUUCUGCAUGAGCAAGUGCACUGUUUUACCUUUUUAUGAGUUUCCUUUUAUUUCUAUUAUGCAAGGUGGUGGUUAUCGUUAAUAACUGGUGGGAGAAGUGAUUGCAUUAAUCAUAUAACAAGACACACCAAAUGUCUAGGCGUGCUUGUGUAUGAGCAAGCAUAAUGUACAUUCCUUGGGGUCUUUUCGUUUAUAUUAUGCAAGGUGGUGGUUAUCGUUAAUAACUGGUGGGAGGAGUGUUUGCAUUAAUCAUAUAACAAGAUACACCAAAUGCCUGGGCGUGCUUGUGUGUGAGGAAGCGUACUGUACAUUUUUAGUGUCUUUUGUUUAUAUUAUGCAAGGUGGUGGUUAUCGUUAAUAACUGGUGGGAGGAGUGAUUGCAUUAAUCAUAUAACAAGACACACCAAAUGUCUAGGUGUGCUUGUGUAUGAGCAGGCAUAAUGUACAUUCCUCGGGGUCUUUUCAUUUAUAUUAUGCAAGGUGGUGGUUAUCGUUAAUAACUGGUGGGAGGAGUGGUUGCAUUAAUCAUAUAACAAGACACAGCAAAUGUCUAGGUGUGCUUGUGUAUGACCUUGGGGUCUUUUUGUUUAUAUUAUGCAAGGUGGUGGUUAUCGUUAAUAACUGGUGGGAGGAGUGUUUGCAUUAAUCAUAUAACAAGAUACACCAAAUGCCUGGGUGUGCUUGUGUGUGAGGAAGCGUACUGUACAUUGUUUUGUGUCUUUUGUUUAUAUCAUGCAAGGUGGUGGUUAUAAAUAACUGUUGGGAGGAGCAAUCGCAUAAUAGUAAUAGAAGAAUUGCAAUCGGAGUGUUUAAUAUGACUAUAUGUCACCCGCUGCAACAUUCUCUGUUUGUCCGCCAGAGUUUUUGCACUGAUAAAAA